UUCAAAUUCUAUUAUUCCUAUUUCCUACUAAAAAACAUAGAGUCAAUGAGCAGGAAAAGAAACUAUCUUCUGUUGAGGUCCACUUUUAAAGAGACUUUUCCUACUCUACUCUCCCUCAUUUCUUUUGAGUCUUACUCUUGUCCUUUGAAUUAAUUUUCACAGCAGCUUUUGUGUUGUCACUCUUCAUCCUCUCAUCUUGGGUUUAGUUUGCUCCACUUCUCAAAACAAAAAGAAAGAAAGAGUUUGAUACUUUCUACUUUACGCCAUUGAUUUUCGUUGCAGCCAUCUCUUAGUUUGGUUCUGCUUUACUCGAUCCAGUUCCUUUUUUAAAAAAGAAAAAAAAAAAAUCAAACUUUUUACCUUAAUUUUCGUUGCAGUUUUUUGUGUUAGUAUCCUAUCAUUUUAGUUGUACUCUGCUCCACUUUUCCAAAAAAGAAAAAAAAAAAAAAGUAGUUAAGUAUUUUAAGCUUCUCAUCCCCUGCUCUCAUUUACUAUAGCGAUUAUCCUUGAUCUGUGAAGUCAUAGAAGAAAAACCUACAAAAAUUGUAGUGUGAAGGAGAGAGUUUGUUUGCUCUGUUUUACUUGUCAAGACUUGUAACGCAGGGAAAAGAAGAAGGUAUAGCCAACUGUUCACAGUUACUGCUACUCAGCAAAGUGACUGUCCGAGUGGAAAACAAAACAAGCUGCUCUGGAAUAGUUUGAGAUCCUAAAGAGAGAGUUUGUUUGCUCUGUUUUACUUAUCAAGACUUGUAACGAAGGGGAAAGCAAAAGGUAUCGCCAACUGUUCACGAUUACUGCUACUCAGCACAUUGACCGUCCGAGCGGAAAACAAAACAAGCUAUUCUGGAAUAGUUUGAUAUCCUCAAAAGAGAGGACAGCAGCCCAACCCAAAAAUACACAAAAAAGUAAACCAAUCUGAAGCAACAGAAAUGGAGUUUCUUACGUCAGCCUUUCAAGUGGUCUUUGAAAAAAUUGUGGAUUACACAAUUGGAGCAGCCGCACGUCAGAUGGGUUACCUGAUUCACUACCAAAAAAAUGUUGACAAUCUCAGGACCGAAGUUAAAGAGCUCGAGGAAGUUAGAGAAAGUGUGCAACAAAAGGUCGAAGCUGCUCAAAGGAACGUAGAAGAAAUUGAAGCUAAGGUCAGGAGGUGGCUGACAAGUGCUGAGGAGAUCACUGCAGAGGUACAAAUAUUCUUGGAGGACGUAGACCAAGCAAAUUUGAAGACCCGUUAUCAGCUUGGCAGAAGAGCAGACGAGUUGGGAUUGGCCGUCAAGGAUAUCAAGGAUAAGGGCACGUUCCAGACAGUUGGCCAUCCCGUCCCUAUUCAAGGAGGUACUACAAUUUCUACUACAGGUUAUGAGGACUUUGAAUCAAGAAAGUUAAUCUUCGAUGGAGUUAUGAAGGCUCUAAAAGAUGAUAAUAUCCGUGCCAUUGGGGUUUGUGGGAUGGGCGGCUUGGGCAAGACCAUGCUUGUUGGAAAAGUUGCUACACAAGCCAUAGAAGACAAGUUAUUUGAAAGGAUCGCUACAGUAGUUGUAUCCCAAACUCCAAACUUGAAACAGAUUCAGAAAGACAUUGCAAAAGAAUUAGAGUUGGAGUUUAAAGAUGAGUACGCUGAUUUUCGAAAAGCACAUUUGCUACGUGAGCGGUUGAAGAAAGAGAAGAUCCUUUUAAUUAUAGAUGAUAUUUGGAACAAGAUUGACUUGGAGGAUCUUGGAAUUUCUAUUGGGGAUGAUCGCAGAGGAAGCAAACUAUUGCUAACAUCUAGAUUUCGAGAUGUAUUAGACAAGGAUAUGGAUGCUGAAAAGAUAUUCCAAGUUGAAGUUCUAUUAAACAAUGAAGCUAAAUUCUUGUUUGUAAAGAUAGUUGGCGAUUUUGCUGAAACAAUGGAUUUCCAAUCUACCAUGGUUGAGGUUGUCAAAGAAUGUGCAGGUUUACCAAUUGCCAUUACAGCUGUUGCGAAUACAUUGAAAAAGCAAAAGAAUCCAAAUAUAUGGAAGGAUGCCUUGCGACAAUUACAAAGGGCAAAUCCAACACAGAUCAAAGGGAUGCAUGACAAGGUAUACCCGAGUAUAAAGUUGAGUUAUAAUUCUUUAACUAAGGAAGCAAAAUCUUUAUUCUUGUUCUGCAGUUCAUUUGAAGAAGAUACGGUCGUAAAAAUCGAUCUCUUAUGGAGAUAUUUGGUGGGUUUGGACUUCUUUGAAGAUGUUUAUAAAAUGGAAGAAGUGAGAAAUAGGGUCCACACAUUGGUCAAUAGUCUAAAAGAUUCUUGCUUGUUGGAAGGUUGCGGAAGUGGUACAUUUAAAAUGCAUGACGUCAUUCGUGAUGUUGCCAUUUAUAUUGCAGACAAAGAAAAGGAAAUGUUAACCAUAAGAAGUUCAGAUGAUUCGGAAAAGUGGUCCAAUAUGAGAAAACUGAAAGAUUCCAUUGGAGUCGCACUCUUUGAAGCAAAGUUUAGUGAGCUUCCUGAAAGGUUGGAAUGUCCACAACUUAACUUCAUUAUUUUGGGCGAUAAAGAAAAUUCUUCGCCAAUUCCUAAUAACUUUUUUGAAGGGGCGAAAGAGCUAAAAGUUUUAGUUUUGAUGAGAGUAAGUCUCCCACUUCCCUCAUCCCUUUCAUUUCUUCAGAACCUCCAAACAUUGGCUUUGCUUAAUUGCGAGUCAGAAGACAUGGCUUUGAUUGGAGAAUUGAAGAAUUUGAAAGCUCUUGUCCUAGUUGACUCCAAGAUUAAGCAGUUACCCAUGGGAAUAAGGCAAUUGACUCACCUUCAAUUGUUGGAUUUGAGAAGGUGCACCAAACUUGAAGCCAUUCCAUCAAAUGUACUAUCAAAUUUGAAAAACAUAGAAGAAAUACAUAUGAAUCGUAGCUUUAAUCAAUGGCAGGUCGAUGGUGAAAUUACAGAAAGAAGCAAUGCUAGAGUCUCAGAGUUAGAUCAUUUGUCACAGUUGACCACAUUAUGUAUACAUAUUCCGAAUCCCAAGAUUCUGCCAAAAGCCUUGCUUUUUGAUAAGCUGGUCAGAUAUGAAAUAUUAAUAGGCCCUGAAUGGAAUUGGAAUUGGGAUGGUAAUUUUGAGUUUGAAAUCUCAAGAACAUUGAAAAUUGACCUUGAUAGAAGCUUUCAAGAAGAGGAUGGAAUUAAAAUUUUAUUGAAAACUUGCGAAUAUCUCAAUUUGGCUCCUGGGAAGGGUAUUAAAAAUAUCCUUUAUGAAGUUGAUAAGGAAGGCUUUCCACGAUUGAAGCAUCUUUAUGUUGAAGAUAGCGAUGAGAUUCAAUACAUCAUUGACUCGAUAGGUCAAUGUGUUGCCUUUCCUGUUUUGGAGUUACUUUCUCUAGUCAAUAUGAUCAAUUUGGAAAAGAUAUGCCAUAACCAACUUGCAAUGGGGUCUUUCCACAACUUGAGAAAGUUAGAAAUGAGAGAAUGUGAUAAUUUGAUAUUUGUCUUCUCCUCAAGCUGGCUCAAAUGCUUUUCGCAACUCCAAGAAAUAGAGAUUGAGGAUUGCAAGGUAAUGAGUACAAUUGUUGCAGAGCAAAGAAAAUGUGGAAUACAGGUCAAUGACGACAUCAUUACGGAUACAUUUGACUUCACUCAAUUGCGUUCUUUAAAUCUAAAAACAUUACCAAAUUUAUUGGGCUUCUGUUCUAAUGUUGAUUCUCAACCACUUUUCAACAAAAAGGUUGCAUUUUCUAACUUGGAGAAUCUACACAUCGAGGCCAUAUAUAAGCUGAAGAUGUUGUGGCACAAUCAACUCGUUCCAGAUUCUUUUUGCAAACUAAAACAAUUGUGUGUUGAAGACUGUGAAAAUCUAAUAAACAUUUUUCAGCCUAAUAUCUUGAGAAGACUUCAGAAUCUUGAAGAUUUGCAGAUAAGAAAUUGCAGUUUAGUAGAAGAGGUAUUUGAAGUUCGAGGGAAAAAUGUUGAUGAAAUAUGUGAUAUGGUAUCCACUCAAUUCAAAGUCUUGGAGUUAAUCAAUCUACCGAAACUUAAGCAUGUAUGGUCGUCGGAUCCUCAAGCAAUUUUAACAUUUCAAAAUCUACAUGAAGUUAAAGUUUCUAAAUGUAAAAGUAUGAAAAGUCUCUUUCCAGCUUCGGUGGCCAAAAGUCUUGAACAACUUGAGAGGCUAGAAAUACACGAUUGUAGAUUGGAGGAAAUUGUUGCAAUGGAAGAAGGAUCAGAAACAGUGACAAAGUUUGUGUUCCCACAACUAGUCUAUCUAAGUCUUGAAUUGAUGCCUGAUCUCAAGUGUUUUUAUCCAGGAAAACACACUUUAGAAUUGCCAUCACUGAAACAGUUGACGAUACACAAAUGUGACAAAGUAAAGAUUGUUGCUUUGAAUGAAUUAAGCUUCCCAGAUAUAGAUGGGUUGGGCCAUGAUGUUCUGACUCAGCAGCCCUUUUUUUUGAUUGAAAAGGUAGCAUUUUCUAACUUGGAGGAUUUACGCAUCAAUGACAAAGAUAACCUGAAGAUGUUGUGGUACAAUUAUCAACUCAUUCCAGAUUCCUUUUGCAAACUAAAAAAGUUAGAUGUGGCAAGUUGUAAAAAUAUAAUGCACAUUUUUCCGCCUAAUAUGUUGAGAAGACUCCAAAAUCUUAAAGAAUUGGAGAUAAUGGAUUGCAAUUCGGUAGAAGAGGUAUUUGACACUAGAGGGGUAAAUGUUGAUGAAAUAUGUGAUUCGGUAUCCAUUAAGUUGAAAGUCUUGAGGUUAUUCGAUCUUCCGAAGCUUAAGCAUGUAUGGAGUUCGGAUCUCCAUGCAAUUUUGACAUUUCCAAAUCUGCAUACUAUUGAAGUUUCUAAUUGUAAAAGUCUGAAAAGUCUUUUUCCAGUUUCAGUGGCCAAAAGUCUUGAACAACUUAAGUGGCUAACAAUACGGGAUUGUGGAUUGGAGGAAAUUGUUGCUAUGGAAGAAGGAUUGAAAACAGCGACUAAGUUUGUGUUCCCACAACUACUCUCUCUAAAUCUUCAAUCGUUGCCUGAACUCAAGUGUUUGUAUCAAGGAAAGCAUGUAUGGUCUACGGAUCCCCAACCAAUUUUAGCGUUUCAAAAUCUGCAUAAAGUUGAAGUUUCUAACUGUAAAAGUAUGAAAAGUCUCUUUCCAGAUUCGGUGGCCAAAAGUCUUGAACAACUUGAGAGUCUAAAAAUACACAAUUGUGGAUUGGAGGAAAUUGUUGCUAUGGAAGAAGGAUCGGAAAUAGUGACUAAGUUUGUGUUCCCACGACUACUCUCUCUAAUUCUUGAAUUGAUGCCUGAUCUCAAGUGUUUUUAUCCAGAAAAACACACUUUAGAAUGGCCAUCACUGAAACAUUUGACGAUACAUGAAUGCGACAAAGUGAAGAUUGUUGCUUUGAAUGAAUUUAGCUUCCUAGAUACAGAUGGGUUGGGCCAUCAUGUUCCGGCUCAACAACCCUUUCUUCUGUUUGAAAAGGUUGUAUUUUCUACCUUGGAGGAUAUACGUAUCAGUGCCAUAGAUAACCUGAAGAUGUUGUGGCAUAAUCAUCAACUCAUUCCAGAUUCCUUUUGCAAACUAAAAAAGUUGCGUGUCGACAGAUGUAAAAAUCUAAUGAACAUUUUUCUGCCUAAUAUGCUAAGAAGACUCCAGAAUCUUGAAGAAUUGGAGAUAAGGGAUUGCAAUUCAGUAGAAGAGGUAUUUGACAUUAAAGGGGUAAAUGUUGAUAAAAUAUGUGAUUCAGUAUCCAUUAAGUUGAGAGUCUUGAGGUUAUUUGAUCUUCCGAAGCUUAAGCAUGUAUGGAGUUCGGAUCUCCAUGCAAUUUUGACAUUUCCAAAUCUGCAUACUAUUGAUGUUUCUAACUGUAAAAGUUUGAAAAGUCUUUUUCCAUUCUCAGUGGCCAAAAGUCUUGAACAACUUGACUGGCUAACAAUACAGAAUUGUGGAUUGGAGGAAAUUGUUGCUAUGGAAGAAGGAUCGGAAACAAUGGCUAAGUUUGUGUUUCCACGAAUAACCAAUCUAAGGCUUCAAUCACUGCCUGAACUCAAGUGUUUUUAUCCAGGAAAACACACUUCAAAGUGGCCAUCACUGGAAACGUUGAUGAUAUACAAUUGCAACAAAGUGAAGAUUUUUGCAUCGAAUGAAUUAAGCUUCUCAGAUACAAACAGGUUGGGCCAUCAUGUUCCAAUUCAACAACCUCUUUUUUUGAUUGAAAAGGUUGGAUUUUCUAACUUGGUGGAUAUAUGCAUCAUUGACAUGGAUAACCUGAAGAUGUUGUGGCACAAUCAUCAACUUGUUCCAAAUUCCUUUUGCAAACUAAAAGAGUUGCAAGUUAGCAGAUGUAAAAAUCUAAUUAAUAUUUUUGCGCCUAAUAUGUUGAGAAGACUCCAGAAUCUUGAAGAAUUGGAGAUAAGUGAUUGCAAUUCAAUAGAAGAGGUAUUUGACAUUAGAGGGAUAAAUGUUGAUGAAAUAUGUGACACGGUAUCCACUCGGUUGAGAGUCCUGAGGUUAUUCAAUCUUCCAAAGCUUGAGCAUGUAUGGAGUUCAGAUCCCCAAGCAAUUUUGACAUUUCAAAAUCUGUGUGAAGUUGAAGUUCGUAAUUGUAAAAGUCUGAAAAGUUUUUUUCCAAUCUUGGUGGCCAAAAGUCGUGAACAACUUGAGAGUCUAACAAUAGGCAAUUGUGGAUUGGAGGAAAUUGUUGCCAUGGAAGGAGUGGAAACAACGAUUAAGUUUUUGUUUCCACGAAUAACCUCACUAUAUCUUGAAUCACUGCCUGAAUUCAAGUAUUUCUAUCCAGGAAAACACACUUCAGAGUGGCCAUCGUUGAAAAGGUUGAGGAUAUACAAUUGCAACAAAGUGAAGAUUAUUGCUUCGAAUGAGUUAAGCUUCCCAGAAAGAGAUGGGUUGGUGCAUCAUUUUCAGGUUCAUCCUCUCUUUCCAAUUGAAAAGGAUACAUUGUCUAACUUUGAAGAAUUGAAAUUGGAUUGGGAUGAUACCAUAAAUCAGACAUUUGAUCGAUUAAAAGCACAGUUCUCUUGCAAACUAAAAGUCCUCGGGCUGUACAGCAAAGAUAGGUCGACGGCAUUCCCUUGGGUAUUUGUUCAAGGAUUGUACAAUCUUAAGGAGCUUGACAUCAGUAAUUUUUUCUUGGAAGAAUUUUGUCCAUGUGGAAUUGUCAAUAACGAAGGACAAUAUGCCGAGAUGUUCGAAUGUUUGACAACUUUACAUCUAUCUAAAAUGCCCAAGUUGAUGCAUUUGUGGAAGGAAAACCCUCAACAAGGUAGGGGCAUUCAAAAUUUGGAGUCUCUACAUGUAUCAGAAUGCGGCAGGUUAAAAAAUUUAGUGCCAUCCUCAAUGUGUUUCCGAAAUUUAAACACUAUGAAAGUAUCGAAAUGUCAUGGGUUGAUUAGUUUGGCAACUUCAUCAACAGCCAAAAGUUUGGUCCAACUCAAAAGAUUGACGAUAUAUGAAUGCAAAAGAAUGAGAGAAAUAGUCACAAGCGAGGGAGAAGGUGAAGCAGGAGAUGAGAAUUGUUUCAAUCAAUUGAAAUAUUUGUCGCUUUAUGAUUUACCCACUCUAGGAAGCUUAUUCCACUUGGGUAAUCGCACCAUGAAAUUCCCAUCACUGGAAUAUCUAUAUGUGACUAGAUGCCCGGAAUUGAAGAUCUUCUCUAUUGGAGUCCUAAGCAUGCCGAAGCUAAUGAGUGUUGGACUGGACGGAAACUAUUGGUCGGCAUACCAAAGAGAUCUGUUCCCGGUGGAAGAUGUGAAUACCUUCAUAAAAAGAUAUUGGGAGAAAAACAACGAUUCAUGCCUGCGACAACUAUUCACUCAGAAGACCAAUGCAAGUACAAGUGAGGUCGGAGAGGAAAAUGAUGUUGAUGACCUGGAGGAUGACUCAAUGUAAGAUUCAAGUAAGGGGAGACAAGAAAAUGCCGGUGAUAGCUUUGGAGGAUGACUCAUUAAGAUUCAAGUGAAAAUGGAGAGAAAAAUGCUUGAAAUGACUUCGAGAAUGACUCAAAGGAAGAUUGAUCUUUUAAUUUAUUAACGAUUGAUUUCUAGAACAAUAUAACUUUUUGUUGAACGAGUGAUGUAGUGCUUUUUGUUUUUGGAUGUGAUGUUAGAGUGGUAGACAUUAUUGGAUGGGCCAAAAGGUUCGCCUUAAUGUAUUGGUGUGUUACGGAUAAGGAUGAGACUCAUAGACUCAUAGUAGCUUUGUUAUGGGGCUUUGGAGCUAAGACAAGGCUAUUAUAUGGUCCAAGAAAUCAUAUGAAUUUUUAUUUGUGAAACUGUA